AUGUCCAACAUCACAUCAACGGAAGGCUCCUCCUCCAAAGCAACAUCCUCAUCAAUUCUAGACGUGUCUUCUCCAUAUUUUCUCCAUUUUGCUGAUCACCCAAGUGCCAUCCUUGUGUCCACUCCUCUCACUGGUGACAAUUAUCCUACCUGGAAGAUAGCUAUGAAAAUGACCUUGAAUGCCAACAAUAAAUUUGGUUUUGUUAAUAAUACCCUUCCCAAACCAACGUCCUCCUCAGCAGAAACUCAAUUGUGGGAAUGUUGCAGUGAUAUGGUUUUAUCAUGGAUCCUCAACUCCAUUGAUUCAUCCAUUGUUCACAGUUUGAUCUAUCAUGAAUGCCCCCGUGGUGUAUGGCUGGAUCUUGAAAAUUGUUUUUCUCAAAGCAACAAUCCUCGUAUUUUCAAGUUGAAACGUGACAUUGCUAAUCUUACCCAAGGUUCCAUGACCAUCUCUAUGUAUUUUACAACACUUAAAAGGUUAUUGGGAUGA